ACCUUCCACAUGAAAAUCCUAUAAAUUGUGAUGUCUUUAUUACUUGUUUGUGUUGUUAGCAAGUAUUUCUGCAACUUUGUCAAAAUCUCAGACUAUAUACUCAAAAGCACGAUUAUUUCACAAUAGAAUGACUCUUUUCUUCAAACCCACAAUUUCAAUCCCACUUAAUUUCUCUUUAAACCCACCAAAAUCAAAUCCCAGAUUAUCAACAAUCAUGAAAGAUAGCAAUAAUAGUAGCAGUUUUAGUUCUGGUAUUGACUUUUCUGCUGCAAAGGAGAAGAGAAAGUUGCCAAUUUUGCUAUUUGAUGUAAUGGAUACUAUUGUCCGUGAUCCCUUUUACCAGGAUAUUCCAGCGUUUUUUGGCAUGUCCAUGAAGGAAUUGAUGGAGUGCAAGCAUCCAACUGCCUGGAGUGAGUUUGAAAAGGGAUUGAUUAAUGAGGAUGAAUUAGCUACGAAGUUCUUCAAAGACGGAAGACACCUAGAUCUGGGAGGCCUCAAAUCUUGCGUGAAAAGUGGAUAUUCCUAUUUAGAUGGUAUUGAAGAACUGCUCCAUGGUUUAAAACUUAACAAUUAUGAAAUGCACGCAUUUACAAAUUAUCCAGUCUGGUAUCAAAUGAUUGAGGAUAAGUUAAAGCUAUCAACUUACUUAUCUUGGACAUUCUGCUCCUGUACAAUAGGAAAACAGAAGCCAGACCUUGGUUUUUAUCGCGAAGUUCUCAGAUACCUUCAGGUUGAUCCAGGAAGCUGUAUCUUCAUUGAUGACAGGGCAAAAAAUGUGGAGGGAGCAAUUAGUGCUGGAAUGGUCGGCUUGCAAUUUAAAGGUGCAGAUGUGUUGCGUCAGGAUCUAUCUCUCCUUGGUAUCAACGUUUCUGCAGAAGAAAUCAAGCACCAUGAGACGACCUCAUAGAAGACGUACAACAUUUUGAGCUUAAUUUUCUAAAUUCUUCCAUUUGCAGAACUCAAUAGUUACUGGUUUCGUUACACUUCAAUGAACCUCUGGUGUUCUUUUCCUCUAUGUGUUGCCUUAUCUUUCUUCUUAAAUGUAUAUAUGUCUUUCUUUUUAUGGGGUGGAGGGAUUGAGGGAAGGACAGUAAUGUAAAUGUAUCAUUUUUUAUAUAUAAUACUUCAUUAUUCUCUUUCA